GAAGAAACUAAAGGACACACCUUUACUCCACACUCUUCUCCUGUCUUUCCGUAUAGAGAUCAACUUCACUUCCAUCUAUUCCAAAAGCCAAUGAACAUUUUCAAGAAGAAGACCACUCCUAAAGAUGCUCUCCGCACCAGCAAGCGAGAAAUGGCUGUGGCUACACGUGGUAUUGAACGUGAGAUUACAUCUCUUCAGUUAGAGGAGAAGAGGCUUGUGGCAGAAAUCAAGCAAACAGCUAAAACUGGAAAUGAGGCGGCCACCAAGAUCUUAGCUCGGCAACUUGUUCGAUUGAGGCAACAGAUCACCAACUUGCAAGGAAGCCGUGCUCAAAUCCGGGGUGUAACCACUCAUACACAGGCUUUGUAUGCAAGCACCUCAAUCUCUUCAGGCAUGAAAGGUGCAACCACAGCCAUGGUUGCAAUGAACAAGCAAAUGGCACCGACCAAACAAGCUAAAGUGAUCAAAGAAUUCCAGAAGCAGUCUGCACAGCUGGAUAUGACUAUAGAGAUGAUGUCAGAGGCAAUCGAUGAAACACUUGACAAAGACGAAGCUGAAGAAGAAACUGAAGAUCUCACUAACCAGGUGCUGGAUGAGAUUGGUGUUGGUGUUGCAUCUCAGCUAUCUUCAGCUCCAAAGGGCCGGAUUACUACAAAAACGGCUGCUGCUCCCACUACAGUCAAUGACAAGAACGACUCGGAAUCUACUGAAGUGGAUGAUCUAGAGAGGAGAUUGGCUUCACUACGACGAAUCUGAGAGACAUGAACCUUCUUCAUGCUUCAAAAGAAAGCAGCUUCCUGUUACUGAGAAUUCUGUAUAAUAUACAACAAACAAGUUUAAAUCGAACACACUUUACUUUUGUCAAUCAUCAACUUUGCAAAUAAAUCCCAUCCAGACCAGUUGUGCCAG